UUUCACCUUAUCUGUCGAUACCUUCGCGGAGUACGCCCUUAGUACUCUUUCUUCGACGUUAAUGGAGGCCACUCUCAUGGCCUCUUCUUCCUCCGUUGCGCAGCGUACCCUCUUCUUCCAAUCUCCUCGAAGUCAUGGGUUCUCGUCCCGUAGGCACUCCUCCUCCGCCUCGGACGCUUUCCAGACGAACUCCCCAGUAGACAGGAGAAAUGGGCGGGGCCUGGUGGCAACUGGGGCCAAGAAGAGGAACAAGAAGGUCGAUUCGCAUAGCUUCGCUCCAAGACCAGACGAGUCCACCGGGCCUUUCCCCGAAGCAGUUCUGCUUAAAAAGAAAGUCGUCAAGGAAGAUGGUAGAGUUUUGCCUGAAUUUGCUGAUGAUGAAGAAGGUCAGAAGCGCAAACUUGCUCAUUUUAAAAUAUACAUUUCAUUACUUUUGGUUUUAAUAUUGGAAGUAAUACGGUCACUAUCUUUUGCAGAGAAUCUCUUUGAGUUUCUGUCUCUUCAGCUAGAAAGCGACUUGAAUCUUGAAAGAAUGCGUCACUAUGAAGUGGUUUAUUUAAUUCAUGAAGACCAUGUGGAUGAGGUUGACACAGUCAUUUCAAAGGUUCAAGAAUUUAUCAGGGAGAAGAAAGGUAGGAUUUGGAGGCUGAACAACUGGGGUCUUCGCCGACUUGCAUACAAAAUAAGGAAAGCAACACAUGCCAACUAUGUUCUAAUGAACUAUGAGCUUGAUGCAAAGUUUAUUAAUGACUUCAAGAGCAUGCUGGACAAGGAUGAGCGGAUUAUACGGCAUCUUGUUAUGAAGCGCGAUGAGGCUAUCACAGAGGACUGCCCACCACCUCCCGAGUUCCACACUUUGCAUGCACAGCAGGGGGCAGUCGACGAAGAUUUUGAUAGUGAAGGUGAGGUCGAAGAUGAGGAUUGGGGGGAUGAUGAGAUGGAAUUGGAAAUGGCAGGCCAAGAUGACUUUGACAAUGAGGCCGACGCCAACAUUAUCAUUGUUGACGCGGACAGUGAAAAUGAUAGAGAUGAUGGCACUGGCAGAAGGGCGAGAAUCUUAAAGACUAUGAAGGUAUCAAGGUAGUCUCUUAGCUAGCUGUCUGGGCAUGGAUGAUUAAAUGAAGUGAUCAACCAUUCCAUACCUUGUUUGGUUGUGUAGCUCUACUGUUCCAUUCCCUAUCAAUCUUAAUUUUAACAGAUGUCGACAUUCUACGGCCGAUGUGAGAUUGCUGUGGAAAUUAUUAUAAACCUACAAUGUGGAAUGAGAUGCUUUCUACAGUCAAA